AAGCAAAUGUAUAGAAGGUUGUAAAAGCCCUCAGCUUCACCUUCAGCAACGCAGCGGAACAGCAGUCCAGUGAUAGGGAUAAAGAGGAAUAAAUGGAGGAUCAACAACUGAAGGCUGACCAGCUGAGUAAAGUUUCACUAAUCAAAGAUGAGCUGACUCGGAGCUCCAUGGAAGCCAGCGGGUCAGAGAAAUUGAUCCAACACCUUAAUCAAGAGCUGAAGGAGGCCCAUGACCAGGCUAAUGCUGGCAAGCAGAAAUGUGUGGAGCUGCAAGGACUUCUAGAGGAAGAGAAGCGGGCCAGCAAGCAUCAGACAGAGGAAUCUGCAAAGCAGAUGAAGAUUCUUCAGACUCAGCUUCAGAAGUUGCAGGAUGAAAUGGAAAGUCUCAGGGAUCAGAAGGACAGUACUAUAUCGAGUCUGCAACAAGAUUCAUAUGCAGCUCAAGAGGAAAUUCAGGUAUUGCGCAGAAGCAUGGAGAAAGCUGCAGCCGAGCGGGAGCAUGAGGUCAGCGCUCUAAAGGGCAACCUGGCAACCCUCACUACUGAGCUAGAGAAGUGGCAGUUGGCUGCAAAUAAGUACGAGCGUGAGAUUGACAGCCUGCAGGCAAAUCACCAGCAACAGAACCAGCAGAGAGACAAAGCUGCUAAACAGCAAGCCAGUGAGAUGGAGAAGCUGAAGCGGGACUGUGAGAGCCUGCAGAGAGAGUGUGCUGCUUUUAAGUCCGAGCGGGAGCAGUUGGCUGCGCAGCAGCAGAAGGAGAAGAGCAGUCUGCAGAAUGAAUGUGCGUCCCUGUGCUCUGAGAAAGAUCAGCUUCUAAGGAAACUGCAGGAGCUGGAAAAGGAGCUAGACAGCUGUAAGAAGCAGAGUGCAGAUCUGAGCAGCACAGCAGAGUCUCUGGAGAAGGCCCGGGCUGACCUAGAGAAAUGCCUGCGUGCUGCGCAGGAGGAGCACCAGAAAAACAGCAGCCAGCUUCACGGCCAGCUAGAGCAGAGCAAAAUGAGGACCAAAGAGCUGCAGAAGGAGUACGAAGAGACGCAAGCAGACCUGUCGGGCCUGAAAGAGAGGUGUGAGCAGGUAGAGAAGGAGAAGGAGUCUCUCAGCCUGGAACUGCAGCAGUGCCAAGCAAGCCUGAAGUCUCUGAAGGAGAAAAGCAACCAAGAAAGAUGGAUCAGGUGGAUGCCUGUCGCCGCUGUAACAGUCGCUGUCACAGCCUAUGUGCUCACGAAGACUUCAACCUGAGAAUCUGGCAAUAUGAAGUGUGCACACACACACUCCUCUCUCCCCCCCGCCCCCUCAAUAAAAAUAAAAAUGUGCACGUUUCCAACCAUACAGGCAUAUUGUAUUUUUAGUGUAAGAGGGCUUUACAUGAGAAUUAAUGCAACUUGUAACUGUAAUAUAUUGAAUGCUGAAGGCCUUAGUUUAAUUAUAUAGGAUAUCGGAUCUAAGCCCCAAGCAGCUGCAGUGGUUCUGUGAAGGCAAGAACUUUUAGACUUUACUGUGUCUAAAUGUUUAGCUUUCUUCCUGCAAAAUGUAGUUAUUUUGCCAAACAUUUAUAUUAUAUUGAAUUCAUGAUAUUGGCCCAUUUACUGACUUCACAUUGUCCGCUAUUAGUCAGCUUUCAAUAAUUAUUUUAAUAAUUCACUAUAGUGGAAGCAAUAAUACAUGUACUCACGUUUGAAGCCUUGCACUCGAUGAAAAUUUUCUUUUUCUGAUAGGUUUUUUUUUUCUUAUUAUACUGAUUUCAUGUUUUGUUUAUGUAGUUGCGAGUUCUGAACUUGAUCUUAAUUUAAAGUUAAAAGCAAAAGUCUGUGCACCAUCACUGUUCUAUAGCUUUUUAUGUAUAAAGGGAUUAACCGUCUGAGUAUUACACUUAAAGUUAAGGGCACUAAUUCGUCUCAGAGAGACACUUUGAGAGAAAUUUGUUACUUGUACAGAUGUUUGUUGAAGGACAGAUUUAAAGUGUGCUUGUUGCAAUAAUUAAAUAAAUAUUAAUGGAAAUAAAGAUGAACAUGUUUUGUU